UCUUUUCCUCGGAUCGCCCGUCAGACGUACACAGCUUCCAUAUUCGUGACCCCUAUACAAUUCCAUCCGUUCCCACCAAUCGUCCCGGAGACCAACCGUAUACAACAUCAGACUAUACACCGGUUCCAUCAGCUGGAAUUAUUGGCUCCUUUGCGCUAAUUGAAGCUACCUCCCCUGCCGGCACCUGGAAAUAUCGUCAUAGUUACCUCUUUGUACCUCCCACGUUGUGGGCGUGAUCCCAGGUACAUAUAUUGUAUUUACUGCAGGACCCUUCAUAUCGGAACGACAUCGCUGCCCAUUGGGGUAUAUAGGAUACCAUGGCCCCGGCCGCAGACAACUGCCGGACAUCUGGUCAUCUCCUCUCUCAAUUGGCCUGCAAAGUCCUUCCAGAGAAUUUCCAUAGCUCCCUCCCUGGGUUUGCCGAUCAAUCCAGGACCAGUGAAAGCAAUUGGGCCGCCAUGAUGGCUCCCUCGCGGCUGUUGAAGACGGCUUCUGUCUUUUUGUCCCUGCAGGCUGCGUCCCAAGGGCAGAACGUGACGUCCUCGGCUACCAGUACGGUCGAGUCUGCGAUUGGCAGUCCCAGUACAUCCUUUCGACCAGCCUUCACCAUCCCCACGGAAGCAGACAAGGGUGCCGAUCUCUUGCCAAACAUCAAAGAUCCGGAUGCAGUUGAUGCUCAAGAGGUCUGUCCUGGAUACAAAGCCUCAGAAGUGAAAGAGACCGAGCGCGGACUCGCAGCAAUUCUGAGGCUUGCGGGCGAUCCUUGCAAUGCCUAUGGAAAUGAUGUUGAGGUGCUGAAUUUGAAAGUCGAAUAUCAAGCCGAUGAUAGACUUGCAGUUAACAUUCAGCCAGCUUACAUUGAUUCGUCGAACUCGUCGUGGUUCAUCACCCCAGAAGAUAUCGCUACUCGACCCCAAUCAGAAUCCUCAGCAGAUGAUCUCGGCCUCAACUUCGAUUGGGACAACUCGCCUUCAUUUUGGUUCAAAGUCACUCGGGAAUCCACUGGGGACGUACUCUUCUCGACCGAGGGCCAGAAGCUUGUGUAUGAAGACCAGUUCAUAGAGUUCGUAACUGCUCUUCCAGAAGAUUAUAAUCUUUCUGGUCUAGGAGAGCACAUUCAUGCUUUGAGAUUGCACAACAAUUGGACUGCCACCAUCUACGCUGCAGACGUAGGCGACCCAAUCGACAGAAAUGUCUACGGCACUCACCCGUUCUAUCUUGAUACAAGGUACUUCGAGAACGCAGAUAAUGGAACAAGAAAGCCAGUCAAGGCAUCACAGCUUAAUCAGCAGAGCCAAAAUGGAGAUUAUAGCUCUAGAAACGAUACGGAAAGCGAAGGCCCAUCAUACGAUUCAUAUGUUCACGGUGUCUACCUGCGUAACGUCCAUGGGCAAGAGAUCAAAUUCCAGGAGGAAAGCAUUACAUGGAGACUUCUCGGCGGCAGCAUUGAUCUUUUCUUCUAUGCUGGACCGACCCAAGCUGACGUUACCAAGCAAUACCUCAAGUCUAUCGACGCUCUACCAGCUAUGCAGAGUUAUUGGACUUUGGGAUUCCACCUAUGCCGUUGGGGCUACCGAAAUUGGACCGAAACACGUGAGGUCGUCGAGACGAUGAAGGCUUUCAACAUCCCUCUUGAAACCAUCUGGCUGGAUAUUGAUUACAUGAAUCAGUACCGUGAUUUCUCUCUUGACCCGGUCUCGUUCUCGCCAUCUGAAUCCAAAGAGUUCUUCGAUUUCUUGCAUGGCAACAACCAGCAUUUUAUUCCUAUCGUGGAUGCUGCCAUUUAUAUACCUAACCCGGAAAAUGCUUCAGACGCUUAUGGUACAUAUACACGCGGGAACGAAUCCGGGGUGUUCCUUUCAAACCCCGAUGGAAGUCAAUAUAUCGGAGCUGUCUGGCCUGGGUACACUGUCUUCCCUGACUGGAUGGCGGAGAACAGCCAAAGCUGGUGGAUCAACGAAGUCGUGGAAUGGUACAAAGAAGUCCCUUUCUCCGGGAUUUGGAUUGAUAUGAACGAAGUAUCCUCCUUCUGCGUCGGAUCAUGCGGGUCCGGAAACCUUACUCUCAAUCCUGCUCACCCACCUUUCUCCUUGCCCGGCGAGAUCAACAACAUCAUAUACGACUAUCCGGAAUCUUUCAAUGUCACAAAUGCAACAGAAGCUGCUUCCGCGUCAGCUGCAAAGUCUAGCCAAGAUGCUAGGAACAGCGCAACUGCUAUACCUGGUCCAUCUACAACCAGCUAUCUCCGCACAACUCCGACGUCUGGAGUCAGAAACAUCAAUCACCCACCUUAUGUCAUUGACCACGUGCAGAAUGGUGCCGAUUUGGCUGUCCACGCAGUCAGCCCCAACGCGACUCAUGCUAACGGCGUGCAGGAAUAUGAUGUUCACAACGUCUGGGGUCACCAAAUUCUGAAUGCCACUCAUGCAGCCUUGCUCAAACUCUUCCCCGAGAAACGUCCUUUCAUAAUCGGGCGCUCGACUUUUGCAGGAAGCGGCAAAUGGGCCGGUCACUGGGGCGGUGACAACGCAUCCAAAUGGGCCUACAUGUACUUUUCAAUCCCGCAAGCUCUGUCCUUCUCGCUUUUCGGCAUCCCCAUGUUCGGCGUCGACACCUGCGGCUUCAACGGUAACACCGACGCCGAACUGUGCUCCCGCUGGAUGCAGCUCUCGGCCUUCUUCCCAUUCUACAGGAACCACAACACGCUGAGCGCGUUGUCGCAGGAGCCUUAUCGCUGGGAAUCGGUCGCCAGCGCGAGCAGAUCCGCCAUGCAAAUAAGAUACACCCUCCUCCCCUACAUCUACACCCUCCUCCACACCGCCCACAAAACAGGCUCAACAGUCCUCCGCGCGCUCUCCUGGGAAUUCCCCUCAGACCCCUCCCUCUUAUCCACAACAACCCAAUUCCUCCUCGGCCCCUCCCUCCUCAUCACCCCUGUCCUCGAACCGCUCGCCACAACCGUCCGCGGCGUCUUCCCCGGCGCCCCCCGCGUGCGCUGGUACGACUGGCACACGGGGUCCCUUGUCGUGGCCGGCGCCGGCGAAAACAAAACCCUCGACGCGCCUCUCGGUCAUAUCCCUGUUUUUGUGCGGGGCGGGAGCGUGGUGCCGCUGCAGACGCCGGGGUAUACGACGAGUGAAGGGAGGGGGUUACCGUGGGGUGUGCUUGUUGCGCUUGAUGGGCGUGGCGAAGCUAGCGGGGAGUUAUACCUCGAUGAUGGCGAAGCUGUUGUUCCUGGUGAUGAUUUCCUCGAUGUCGCGUUCGAUGCUAAAGAGAACGGCCUCACGGCGAGUUUGGGGGACGGGAAGUGGGACGAUGCCGUUGUGUUGGGGAAUGUGACUGUUUUUGGGGUUGAGGGGGGUGUUGGAGGGGUGUGGUUCAAUGGCGUUGAGGUCGCUGAGGAGGGGAAUCGCUCGAGUUUGGCGGCGGGGGGUCCUGCGUUUGCGUUCGAUGGCGUGGAAGGCGUGUUGAGGGUUACGGGGUUGGAUGGCUUGACGGAGGGUGGGACGUAUAUUGAGGGAGGGUGGAAAUUGACUUGGGGAUAG